AUGAUUAAUGGUCCAGAUGCUAUUGUUUACAACACUCACUGGUGUAGUAAUAUAGAAACGGGCAAACCAAACUCUGCUGUGAAUUGCCCUAAACCUCCAGGUCAUGCAGUCAGCAUUGGGGGAUCCCAAGUGGACAUAUACUCUCGUCCUAUACAAUCACGGACUGAUGUCUUUGUCCAGAAAGUUGGAAGUGAGGUGUUUAGUUCGUUGACCAAUGAAAGGUCGCAGGUUUUGAACGUACCUUAUCGUGAUUAUAAACACACCACACAUUAUGGCUCACCAAAGACCAAAAAUUUCACCACAAGUAUACCAAGUCAUAGAGCCGUGAAAUCCGAUGCAAACAUUAUAACACGAGAUACCAGUAAGUUGGCGCGAAUUAAGGAUGGAAAAUUGACAUCAAAUUCGCGGUUCAACGUUUCAGAGGGUCGUCUUCAUUGUUAUUCAUAUUUCUUUAUUUAUGUAUUAAUAUUCAGUGACAAAAUGCUCAAGAGUUUAGAAUACCAAACAAAACAAAAACAAUUUGACAAACAUAAUCAUAGUAAUCAUAGUCAUGAUGGUAUACACAAUGAAGGAACAGAUCGAAAACGUUUUUAUAUUAAGGUUCUUAUUGUAUUUCUUUCUCAAGUAUUUCUAUUGAAUUUAGUAUUCUACAUCUUUGAUUAUAUGCCAGUAUUAAAUCAAUGGAUUGGACAACAUAUAUGGUCAAUGUAUUUGUUAUGUUUAUUGAAUGGCUAUAAUGCAGUUAUUCUUUUAAAAGUUCCGACUAUUGAAAGAUUCUUCCCACUUAAUGUAAUUAUUCUGAGUAUUUUUACAAUCUUCCAUUCAUCCAUUGUGGUCAAUAUUACAUAUCAAAAUGCUACAGUUGAUGAUGCUAUUUCAUUUAUUAUUGUUUUGUUAACAUCAACAGUUCUAUUCAUCAUUACAACAAAAUAUUCCUAUGAUAUAACAGUCUUUUUCUAUCAAUAUUUCUAUGUAUUUAUAGUACCACUGAUAGUUUUACCUAUUCUUAUUUUGAUAUUUACUUUCGUUGGAUUUGAAAUACUAACGAGUAAACUGUUCAUGGUAUUCACUUUUAUACACUUUCAGUUUUUCACAAUCAUCACAGCUCAAACACUUCAAGGUGGUCAUGAUGUUGAAGUAGAAAUAGAAGAUUAUGUUCUAGGAUCAAUGCAAAUGUUCAUUGUAAUUUUAUGUUCAUCAUUAUCAUUAUCAACAUUAUUUGAAAGAAAUUUCAUUGAAGAAUAUGAUUUGUUUAAAACAAUAUUCUUGAUAUUCAAUAUUCCAUUAGUAUAUUUUUCUAUAUUGGUUAAUGAAACCAAUCUCAAAAUAAUAAACAGAGAUCAACUACAGUUCAACGGGGAAAAGACGACGAUCAUCAAAAAGACAAUAAUUUUACAGAAUGCAAUGAGGAAAGUAAAUGAAACGGUAUUGCAACAGCAUCCAUUUAUGUACGACUAUUAACAAUUUCGUGAAUACAGUAAAAUCUCACAUUGUAAAAUGUUAUCAAAUAAAUAAUUGAGUGGGUAGAUUCACAUUAUUCAUCAAAAUUUAACUAACCAAACACUACUAAUGAAUUACUUAACUGAACACUUACAAGUGGUAUUUUAAUGAACAAGAUCAUAGACGAGAAUAGCCAAAUGUCUCCCAACACAUUACACAAUAUCUUGGUAAAAUCUGAGAACCAUAUAGUAAAUAAUUCAUUUGCAAAUUAUCCAUCGAUUGUCCUCAACUUUGUUGUUCCUUCGUUUCUAUACCAAUCACUCCCUGUUCUUAUUCUCUUCUCUUUGAUUUUCUCAAUCGUCUGCCGCCAGGCACUCCAUUUUUGAUUGAUGAUACAUACUACUUAUAUUUGUCGACAUUAGUAGUACACACCAUAGUACUAUUUUCUACAAUGUUUCUCAUCUAUCUUUAAUGUUUGUUGUGCCAACCAACUCUUUCAUGAUACUUGACUAAUUGUUGGAGAUAGUUUGUUAUUUAAUUAUUAUGUUUACCUUGAUAAAUUACCAAAUAAAACAAUGAUUUGACUAUUUUUUUUACUUUCCUUUGUAUUUAGCAAAAAAGAUAAACCUCAGUAAGAAAUCAUGUUUAGAGUAAACAAGAAACCAAUGCAUUUGUUCCAUUAAUUCAUACACCAUUACAUGUGAAAUUGCUUUCUUUAUCAAAGAUUUCUAUGGAUUAACUCAUGUAUAGUAUCAUAUCGUUAAGUUAAACGAGAUUAAAUAUGACCUGAAAAUAAGAAAUUGUUUCCUGUGUCAUGCAUGUAUAAACAUAUAAUGUUCUCUUGCACUAUUCAUUCUCCAUUCAUAACAUUAUCAAAUUAUUGAUGGUAAGUCAGUUGAUCAAUAUCAUCAGAAAGAAUGACACAUAAGCAUGUUGGACAAGUUACCAUGUCAGAGAAAUACAAUGAGAUGAAAAUGAACAAGAUAAAAAGUAAAAAGAAAGUGAAACAAUUUAAUGGAAAUGAUAAUGAGAAAAACCGAAGAUUAUGAACGUGGAAGAGAUUGAUUUUGGCUAUCAGUGGAAUCAAGGACACACAUUUUGUUCAGUUCAGGACUCGAACUAAUUAUCUUUAACUCCGACUAUCCAGUACGGUAGCCAUUUAGCCACUGAAAUCAGACAACCACUCAUUUGUGUAACAGUUACGGACUUAAUAUCAUUAUUUGGAUGGGUUUGGAUUAUCCCGUUGUUGAUACUGUUUGACUCUUGAAGUUAAUAUCAACACUAGGAUGAAGAUAUAUUCAGCUAACGAUUCCUAAAUAGAAUUAAAUGUGUACCCUAAAUUAACUUCUAGCCACAAUAAACCUAUUACAUAAAAACUUAUAAAAAAAGUCAUAUUGAGGCAACAUGCACAGAAUAUACUAUGUCAGUGAAGACUGAUCGAGAUUCGGUCAUUAAUAUUAACAGCAGAACAAUCCAAACCCAUCCUAAUAAUAAUGUUAAGGGUAUGUUUUAGAGCGAUUGAGUGUGAAGGUCUGUAUGAAGGAAUUCAAGAUCUAGAGAAAGAUAGAGAAUCAAUGCAUCAACGCUAUUGUGACUGAUUCCAAGCCAAUAUCAAUCAAAGCUCCUAACCAGUGAUUACAGUUAUUGUGCGGACUCCAACCAACUAGUCUACAUCUACCAACAAUUAGUGACCUUGUUGACUGAUGUUACGUCAUGGUUCGAUUGUACCUAGCUUUUUUCCAAACUAAUUCUACACUAGUAAACACCUCUAGCCAUGGUAGUGAGUGGUUAGGUACAAUUAACAAAAGUCUUAACCACAUUAAUCGAUGAAGGUUUACAAACUCAUCAACCAAAGCUCAGUAAUAGACUGGUUAUGUUUAGCCACUAUGAAACAAAUUACUUAUAUAAAAAACAAGAUACUAGCAGACCCAAGUUUGAUAAAAGUAAGUAUAGAACUUCUAAAAAAAGACCACCAUUCUCAUGAACAGGUGGCUUUGUGAAAUCAGUGAAAUCAGUUCAAUUUAUAAAUACAACACUUGAAACAAUUAGUUCCUAUGAUAAAUUUCAAUGGCAUAAUAAGAAGACGAAGAUAUUCAUACCUAUAUGAUAUUUAUUAGCAUAAUACAUUUCGAACAGUCUGAUCAUUUACAAGUGAUUCAAAUAGUCUUUUUUGAAACAAAGGUUUAAAUCAGACGUAUUAUCCAGUAAAGGUCAUUAUCAAGGAAAGAACGAGGUUCAUGCUUCAUGGAAAACCUAAAUGAGAUGAAAACGAUUGCGUCACAUCCCACUAUGUUUACCAAUUUAAAUAUAUAUGUGUUCUUACAUACAUAGAGAGGAGUAAUCGUGAUCUCAAUAUUAGGGUAUCUGAACAUGUUGCAGAACAUGGUUGCAGAAACAAAUAAAAUCAAAUGACCCAAUAAGAGUAGAGCCUAAACAUCCAUCAUCCUCUAUUGCCAAACACAUAAUUGAAACAGCUCAUAAGAUUGAUCUUAACUCAGUUUUUGUGGUGUAAAAGGGCGUAUACUAAAGUUUAUUGAAGCCUUAGCCAUACGAAAAUUCAAACCCCUUCUGUGUAUUCAAAAUCAGUUUGUUCUCACCUUAAACUUACCCUGGGAAUAUUAGCUUAUUAUCCAGAGUGAUGAGGUUUCAAAUUGUUUUCACAUUAUUUCUUUAUUAUCCUUGCCUCCUCUUACACUCCAUUUCUAGUCCAGUUAACCUUUUACUUCUUUAUAGAUAAAUGUUUUUAAAAAGUAUAUAUGUGAUCAGAUUGUUCGAAAUGUAUUGUGCUAAUUAUACAAUCACAUAGUUCUGAUAAUCUUCGUCUUCUCAUUACACUAUUGAAAUAGAAGAUUGUUUAGAGUUUGAAUUAUUUUUUCCGGUUAUGUUUUCUUAAAGAGAUAGUUUUCUACGGGAUGGGGUCGCUAACCCAAUGCUUAACCCUCCCCUCUUAUCCGGGCUUGGGACAGGCAGUAGCCCCAGAGGAGCUCCAGGCAGAGUGACAACAUUGUUUAUGUAGACAAUAAACAGUUUUCUUAAGUUCCUUCUUUAUAUUUGAAUGAACUUGGAAUGUAACAGUUAGAAAAACACAUACUUUAAUUUCACCUAGUGACUAUAUUUUAAAACUUUAUUACGCUCUAGGGAUGUUCGAAGAAGUUUGUUUUACCCAUGGUAGCUUGGUUUUUCUAUUUAUUAACAAAUUACUUUUAAGAAAAUGUUGUGAUUGUUAUUCAAUUAAUUUUUCACAUUUCUAGUAGCUCUAAGGAUAAGUAAGAGAUUUUAGUUGUUUUGUUUUGUUGGUAUUUUUUCUUUAAUGUUAUUCAUCAUCGUAAUAGUUUAUAAUCAAAGAGGAGUUUUGUGGAUAAUACAGUAAUUUAAUAGUUGAGAUCAUGGGUCAAUUGAAGCUAGACCACUAUGGAAGACCUGGGAGCACUGGAAGAACGUUUCGUCCCAUUGUAGGACUCCUCAACAGUGCACAUUCACGACCUCGCCUCACAAGAUUUGAAUCCAGGACCUAUCGGUUUCGCGCGCGAACGCUCAAUCUGUAGACUACUGUUACUUUAUCCAACGGUGUUAAUGUCUAACUUGAAAAAAAACGUCAAAAAUUUCACGAAUUAUUGAAUAUUGUAUGGUUAUUUCUUUUUAUUUCUAAGAAAAAAAGACGAGCAUAGUCAGUAAGUUUUGUGUUUUUUAAUAAAUUUAUAAAAUGAGUCAACUAUGUGAGGUGAAUGAAACUUCUUAAUGUACAGUACAUUCGAUACAUGUCGACGGUAUUAAUUUUAGCAGUAUUUUACAUACUGAUAACAUGUAUUUGUUGCCCUUUGUAGUAACACUGAAUUUAUAAUAAUUCAGAGCAUUUACGGUUUGUUUGUUUUCUUAAGGAGGUUGUUUUUUGUAACUAGAUAGUAUAUAAGAAUUCUGUCUUCAACAGCAAGAAAGAAAAAUGUAGUUGAACAAUCUCAGCAAUGAAAUUUGAAGUACAUCCAACAUUUCUCUCAGCAACCUAUUCUAAGUUCUCUUCAACGAGAUAUAAUGAAAUAUUAAAAUUAUUGAAUAUAAAUAAGUAUAUGGUUCUUCCAUUAACUGUAUAGUAAAUAUUUCCUUAAAUAAUCUUGGAUCACAUUAUCCAGGAAAACGUUGAACUUACUUCAAAUUCAUUAACUAAGAUUUUACCAAUAUAUAUUUCCUUCUUAAUGUCUUACAUCAAUUCAGCAUCCAAAUACUCUGAAACUAUUGAUUCAAACUCAGACGAAUGUUUUUAUAAAGUGAAACAGCAUUUUCUGAAUAACAUUAUUUUAGUAAUAUCCUUUUUAUGAGAUGGAAUCGCUAGCCCUGUAACUAGGCCUCCUCUUUUACUCAAGCUAAGGAUAGGCACUCACCCUGGAAUAACUUCAUGCUGAAUUAAAGUAAAAUAGAAUAAAAGUAGUAGAAAGUGUUCCUAGUGUUUCUAGACGAAUUCAUUAUUUAAUGACUUUCAAUCAUACUUUUUUUCAGUUUAAUGUAAUUUAAUGUAAUUUCUCGUUUACUUCCACUUAUAAAAGUCAUAAAUCGGGUUCAAAACAUCG